AUGCCCUACAACGAAACCAUGGAAAGCCCGCAGGCUUCGGGCAGCAGUGAGCUGGAUGGAUAUUCCUCAUGGCAAAUCGCCCUUUGGUUUGUCAUUCUGUUCCUCGGAACAAUGAUGGCAGUGUGCUUUAGAACGAGCAUUAUUCGACACAUGAGACGUCACAUUCAUCGAGACCGUCAACUUACCGUCAGGAAACUCAGCAGCGAAGAGUUGCGAAUAAUGUUUCUUGAUCAAACCUUGCAAUCUUACCCUUGGAGAAUAGAAGAAGAAGCUCAAAGGACCACUGAUCAUCAGGAACACCAGAACUUGCAGGAAGAUGGCGAGAAAGAUGGCGAUGAUGGCACAAUGGCAGACACUUUGCAGACUACACAAGAUCCAGAGAGCCAAGAUGUCGAGAAUGGCGAAAUCCUUGUAUCGAUGAACGGCAGCAUCCGUGAUGGCGAAUGUUCCAUUUGCCUAUCUCAUUUCCGAGAGGGAGAUCUCGUGUCCAAGUCGAACAACCCCAACUGCCCCCACGUCUUUCACAGGGAGUGCGUCUACCAAUGGCUUCUGCAGCGGUACGAGUGCCCCAUGUGCCGCAAGGAGUUUCUUAUUCCUCCAAUGGUCCUUCAAUUCAGGGCAUCCAAUGACGGCAACAACACCGAUCAAGUUGGUGCCGAAGACACGGCACAAGCAACUGAGACGUCUUCAUCUGCGUCAACAACAGAAUCCGCCAAUAGUCAUCGGAUUGGCGAGAAUAACGACAGCGACGAGGACAAUACCCCACCAGCCUAA